CUGUGGGUUCUUGGGAAUCAUGAAAUCUGGGCACAACAAUAUGCAGCAUGGUCUUAGGCGACCCCUGUGAAAGGGUCGUUCGACCGCCAAAGGGAUCGUGACCCACAGGUUGAGAGCCGCUGCCAUAGAGCUACCUAUUAUUAAAUACGUGAUUGCUUGCGCCAUUGGCCUAGCUUUGGGAGCCCACCUAUAUGUCUGCCUCCUGAAAUGAGACAUGACUGUUUAACUGACCUGAUUAUACUCAAGACUGAGACUAAUUUAGUGUCAUAUGGGACAAUCAACUCAAUUUCUGAAAUGUGAAACUUCUCAGGAGGUUGAGGGUAGUUACCCCUUCAAGAGGACUGGAAAAGAGAAUUACUCUGGCGUUUCAAAUGGACAGGCUUGCUUAAGGCAAAGACAAACCUAAUGAAGUUAUAGGCCUGGGGUGUGACUACCCACUGUGACCUGCCCCGUUAGGAAUUUAUGAUCAGAUCACCCUUUGAGGUUACUGUAGUCACUGAGCUUAUCAAAUGUUAUAAUGUUAUGGUCAUAAGGAAAUCCCUCUAAUGCGUGAAAUGAUUAUUGUGUGAAAUGUUUACUGUGUGGAGACCCCAAGUCUGUAACUUCCAACAUGUUAUAAACAUGGUGAACGCCCCACUAUCUUGAUGUAAACGCCCUAAGCCCUUAAAGUGUAAAGGCCCUGCUCCUAGCGUAACCGUCUGGCCCACACUGCUAAGACACAAGUUGUUUGCUGCUGGCUAUAUAAGCGCCGGACCUUCCUGCCUGAUAAGAGGAGGACUCCACCUCGAUCCGGGAGACGAGCCUCUGACUGACUGCUCUGCUGUGCGAGCCUGAACCAACCGCCGGCCGCCUGUUUCCGUCUUCGUCGUCUGUCUUUCGGUGUGCUUGGCUGGGUGGCCUUUGCCGGAGCCUAGGACCCACUAGGAAUAGGCUCUUCGGUACGUUGCAGAGAAGCACCGAAAGGAGAGGACAGCCACUCCGGCGCUAGCAGGACCUGGAGGAGGCUUCGGCGAGCCCACGGGACCACCUCUGCCGUCGCCUCUCUUGGCUGUGCUCCGCACACGGACUUCCUUGUUGGUGCUAGUUCACAUGGACCUGGCGCAGACAUCAGUUACCUUCAAGGAUGUGGCAGUGAUCUUUACCCAGGACGAGUGGGAGCAGCUGGACCUUGCCCAGAGGACCCUAUACAGGGAAGUGAUGCUGGAAAUCUGUAGGCUCCUGGUCUCUCUGGGAUACCCAGUCCCCAAAUCAGAGCUUGUCCACCUAUCGGAGCACAGGCAGGAGCUAUGGAUUGUGAAGAGAAGCCUCUCCCGAAGUGCCUGUGCAGGAGCCAGAGAAAAAUCAGAGACUACCACUUCUCAGCUUCUCCUGUCUGAGAGAGCCUCACUUCGGGGAUGGAUGAGGCAGGGAGCUUCAAGGGACUCCAGGGCUGGAAAAACCAAAACUCAGGAAGGGCUGUCGGAAAUGCAAGAAGUCUUAAGGCCAGUGACAGACCCCCACAAAGAGAUGAACCCUAAAUGCAAUGAUUUGGGGUCAGAUAAUAGUCUACGCUCAAGGGUUUUACAGGAGCGAGUCUCUCUAGUAGGUGUUCUCCAUAACAGUGAUACACACAGACUAAAAGACCCCAGGAAUCAAACUGGGAAGAACCAUUAUGAAUAUAGUGGAUGCAGGAACACCAAGAAUUGGGAUCUUGCACGUGACUAUGUUCAUCCAAAAGCAAAGCCCUAUGCGUGCACACAGUGUAGGAAAACCUUCAGCUGUACAUCAGACCUCAUGCAGCACCAACAGAUUCACACUGGAGAACAGCCUUUUGAGUGCAAAGAGUGUGGGAAAACCUUUCGCAACAGUUCUACUCUCAGGCAACACAUGAAGAAUCACACUAAAGAGAAGCCCUAUGAGUGCAAUAAAUGUGGAAAGGCCAUCCAUCAAUCUAAUUUAAUUAAGCAUCAGAAAACUCACACUGGAGAAAAACCCUUUGUAUGCAAAGACUGUGGGAAAGCAUUUUGCUACAAGUUUAAUUUGGGUCAACAUAUGCAGAUUCACACGGGAGUGAAGCCCUAUGAGUGCAGUGAAUGUGGGAAAGCUUUUCGUCGCAAGUCACACCUCACAGAGCACCAGCGGAUUCACACAGGAGAGAAGCCCUAUGAAUGCACUACAUGUGGAAAAUCUUUCUCCUUCCACUCUGGUUUUGUCCAGCAUAGUUGGAUCCAUACUGGCGAGAAACCUUUUAAGUGCAAAGAAUGUGGGAAAACCUUUUGCUCCCAGUACAAUUUGCGUCAACACAUGAAAGUUCACAUUGGAGGGAAGCCCCAUGAAUGCAAUAAAUGUUAUUGUGACAUUUGCCCAGCCAUGAAAAAAGAUGUUAUCAUAUUUCUGACGGGAACCCCAGAAGAAUAUGUUGCACAAGUGGAAAAAUACCAAAACAACUCUUUAAUAUUGGCCAAUUCCAGGAAACUGAAGGACUGCAUUGAUCAGAAAUUGACAGAAGAGGAUAAGGAGCAUGCCGUCACCGUGCUGUUGAAAAGGCACAUGAGAACCCGUUCAAGGGGAAAACCUUAUGAGUGUUGUAUUUGUCGUGCGCGAUUUACCCAAAGUACCAUGAAGAUGCACACUCUACAGAAGCGCACAGAAAAUGUGGCCACAUCUCACCGUUCCCGCCGUGACAGUGCCAGAGCAGAGAACGUGAUUGGGGUCCACUUGCGAUUGGGUGUCCACUUGCGAAAGCAGCGUUCCCACACUGAGCAAGGCGAGGAAUGCCCAUACUGCGAGGCUGUGCUUCAUGCGCGCUCAGCCCUCACUCAGCAUCACAAGUCACACAAGAAUGAGAAGCGCUUUCCGUGUGAUUCCGCCUGCAGACAGGAGAGGCACACGAUCAUGCAGCCUUCCGCCUGCAGCCACUGCGACAAGACUUUCCGCCAGAAACAACUCCUCGACGUGCACUUCAAACGCUAUCUCGACCCCAACUUUGUCCCUGCGGCCUCUGUCUGUUCUAAGUGUGGGAAAACUACCCUAGCAAGACAUGCUGAUAAUUGUGCUGGUCCAGAUGGUGUAGAAGGGGAAAAUGGAGGCGAAACAAAACCCUCCGACAGCGAACAUGCUGAGCCAGACCUGGAUGACACCGAGGAUGAAGAGGAGUCUGCCGUGGGAAUUGAACCUGAGCCUGUGACCCCAGCCCCACCACCUGCCAAGAAGCUGAGAGGACCUACCCCCCACCCCACCCCACCCCACCCCAAACAGACCCAGCCAGCUCUCAUCCAGGUUGAGGAUCAGAAUACAGGUGCAAUUGAGAACAUUGUAGUUGGUAAAAAAGAGCCAGAGGCAGAGCCCGUGGAGGGGCAGGAAGAGGAGGCCCAGCCCGCUGCCACAGACGCCCCCAACGGAGACCACCCCGAGAUGAUCCUCAGCAGGAUGGACCGGUGA